AUGGCCAACCGCGGGGGCCGCAAUCGAGCCUGUAUGGUGUGCUCUAUCGUGCAGACUGGCAGCGAAUUCUACCGCAACGGCUGCCCGAACUGCGAAGAAAUCCUCACCCUGCGAAACUCCCAAGACGCCAUCCAAGAGUGCACCUCACAAGUCUUCGAAGGUCUGAUCUCCUUGACUGACCCCAAAUCAUCAUGGGUUGCGAAAUGGCAACGGCUCACAAAUUAUGUGCCGGGAAUAUAUGCCGUCAAGGUUGUUGGUCAGCUACCACAAGAGAUUGUUGACGGAAUGGAAGAUCAAGGUAUCAAAUAUAUUCCAAGGGAUGGCACUUCGAUCGAGGAUGAGGUUGCAGCUUAG